UUAACAUAAUUGAAGAGGUUGAUAUGUCCAUGGCCACUCUCUGCUCCCAGAGGCUCAGGUUUUUCUAUUGUUUUUGUUUAUGCCUUCUGUUCUCAUUGAACAAGGGCUGUGCCUUAUUCCAAGGAAGGAAACUUACAGAAAGAAGCCAGCUUCCUCACCAUAGCCAUACUAUUCAAGUCAGCUCUCUAUUCCCAUCUGGUUCUUGCAAACCUUCCACUGCUGAAGUGGUAGAGAAGAAGACAUCAUUGAAAGUAGUCCACAAGCAUGGACCAUGCUUGCAACUAAAUCAAGGCAAAGCUGGGGGAAAGGCUCCAAAUCACACGGAGAUCCUUCUGCAAGAUGAAUCCAGAGUCGAAUCAAUUCAAUCUAAGUUGUGGGGUCGCAGAGAUGUGAAGGUGACAGAUUCAGCAGCUACGCUUCCGGCCAAGGACGGCAAAAGCAUUGGUGCAGCCAAUUAUAUCGUGACUGUAGGACUUGGUACACCAAAAAGGGACCUUUCCCUCAUCUUCGACACUGGAAGCGACCUCACAUGGACACAAUGUGAGCCCUGUGUCAGGUCUUGCUAUGAACAACAAGACCCUAUUUUCAAUCCCUCUCAGUCUACAUCGUACACCAACAUAUCCUGUGGCUCCUCUCUCUGUGAUUCUCUCGCUUCUGCAACAGGGCAUACGCUUAAAUGUGCUUCCUCAACAUGUGUAUAUGGCAUCCAAUAUGGAGACUCUUCUUUUUCCGUUGGCUUCUUUGGUAAAGAGACACUUACUUUAAGCCCAAGUGACGUUUUCCACAACUUCUACUUUGGCUGCGGCCAAAAUAACCAGGGUCUCUUCAGGGGCUCCGCCGGCCUACUUGGUCUAGGCCGCGACCCACUAUCAUUGGUCUCACAAACCGCCGGAAAAUACAACAAGAUCUUCUCCUACUGUCUUCCAUCCUCCGCCAGCUCAACCGGAUUCCUCACUUUCGGUGGCUCGCCCUCUAAAUCCGCUAAAUUCACACCAUUAACCACAAUAUCCGACGGCACCUCCUUUUAUGGCCUUGACUUCAUCGGAAUCAGCGUUGGAGGCCGCAAAUUGUCAAUUUCCCAGUCAGUGUUUUCAGAUGCCGGUGCACUCAUCGACUCAGGCACAGUCAUUACCCGGUUGCCACCUGCGGCAUACUCUGCUUUAAGAUCAGCCUUCAGAAAAAUGAUGACCAAGUAUCCUAGAGCACCUGCAUUAUCAAUACUUGACACUUGCUACGAUUUUAGCAACUACAGUACGAUUAGUGCGCCAAAGAUUGGCUUUUUCUUCAAUGGCGGAGUUGAGGUGGAUAUUGAUGCGUCGGGGAUUCUAUAUGCGAAUAAGGUGUCACAAGUGUGCUUGGCCUUUGCCGGAAAUAGUGACCGAACCGACGUGCUCAUUUAUGGGAAUGUGCAGCAAAAGACUAUGGAGGUGGUCUAUGAUGGUGCUGCGGGGAGGCUUGGGUUUGCUCCUGCAGGUUGUAGUUGAUUUAAUGUUUCAGCUGAGCGUGUAGAGCAUAUUUCAUCCAGAAUAACUGACGUAUCAUCAAAAUAAUCAAAAUAAUGAAGGAUCCUAUAAAUUUUAUUAUAAAA